CCGCACACGAGGAUGCCAUCUUCUAUAAUUUAACUCUCUCAAGCUCCUUGGCUAUUUUAAAACCUCAGUACUUACGUAACCUUCAGCUCAGGGAAUCUGACACAACACCAAAGGACCGACAAAAUGUCUUCCAAGACGAAAAGUGAGAAAACAGACAAAUCUGAAAAGGCUCUGGCAGCGGAAAAGGAACAAUUCGUCAAACUACAGCUCCAGAGCAUUGGAAAGUCCAUCACCACUGCUGAAGCACCAAUAAAGGAGAAAUAUGCUCGCAAGAUCCUGUUGGGAACACAUAAAGAAGGUGGAGCUGUAACGUUCUGGUCCCAUGCUGUGAGCUUACCUCUGGCCAGCAGUGCCAUCCUGAGCUGGAAGUUCUGCCACAUGGUGCACAAGCUCUUACGGGAUGGUCAUCCCAACACCGUGCGAGAUAGCCGUGGACACGUCCCCAGUAUUAAGCAAAUGGGAACUUUAUGGGGAAGCCUCCAUGACCGAUAUGGUCACAUUGUUGCUCUGUAUGCGAAGUUCCUGUGCAUCAAAAUAGACUUCCACUGUAAGCACAAAGAGAUUCCAGCAAAUCUCGAAACUCCAGACGAGGUACUUGAGAGGACUAUUGCAGUAGAUAUCAACAAAGUGUUUGAAACAACUGGUGAGGUGCUCGACUACAUGGAUGCAGCACUUUUGCUACAAGAAACAGUUUUCAGACAACUUGAAACCAACUCUACAAGCUCGACCACUCCAGUGGGGCAGUGCCGCCUGGCUCCUCUGGUCUUGGUCAUCCAGGACUGCAGCCCCCUCUAUCACUACUUGGUCAAGCUCCUCUUCAAGCUGCACGGUCGUAUACCAGUGGAUGCUCUGCUAGGACAUCGGGAGCGAUUCCGCGACCAGUUCGACAAUCUUACCCAGUUCUUUGAGAAAGCCAGAGGCAUGGAGUUCUUCAAGACUAUCAUCCAGAUCCCUGACCUUCCUGAUUCCCCUCCAAAUUUCCUCCGAGCGGCUUCGUUGGCUGACCAUGUCAAGCCAGUGGUGGUUCGCAAUCAAGAACUGCCUGAUGAUGACGACACAGAGACUCAGCUGGAUUUUGGUGAAGCCCCUGGAUACCAAAUGUUCUAUGCAUACAACCAGUAUGACCCACCAAAUGAUGUACCAGUGCAAAGGGAGACUGAGGCAGACUCUUUGAGGAGAGAGCUGGAAGCAGUGAAGCCUGAGCUCCAGAUGUUCAAAGCAGAGGCCCAGCGUGCUGUGGUCCAGCUGAAGGAGAAGGUGAAUAUGCUGGAAGCAGAGCUGGAGGAGCAGCGCACCCAUAAGCAGAUGGCCCUAGUGGAGAACGAGCAUCUCCGCAUGGAGGUGGAGUCUCUCAGGACCCAGAGUGCUGUGGCUGCCAGCCUACAGGCUUCAGCAGAUGAUGCAGGCAGCCGGGCUCAAACCGCCCAGAUGCAUUUCUCCCGGCUUAAAGAGAAACACGCUGAGCUGGUCACCAGACACGCCGACCUCAUGAGAAAAAAUGCAGACAUGGUGAAGCAGCUGUCCAGCACUCAGCAAACCCAGGAGGAGUUGAUCAAGACCAAAGAGCAGAUGGCACAAGAGCUAGAGCAGCUCAGGCAGGAGAAGUACACAAAGGCUGAAUCACAGAAGGCGGAAAUUGUGCGAUUGAAGCAGGAGCUGCAGAGUGGGAAAGCUGAAAUAAUGCAAGUUCAGACUGCUCUGCAGAGCAAAGAAAAGUCAGGAGACCAGCUGAGCAGUGUGUUGGUGGGGCUGCAGGCAGAGAAAGAGAUGCUACUGCGCUCUGUGAAAGAGCUGGAGACUGAGCUCGCUAACCUACGUCAGGCUGCUCAGCUGCACCAGACCACUCUGCAGCAGGAGAGAGAGAGGAGCCAGAGAGAGAUGAGCUCCCUGCAGAGCCAGCUGCAAGACAAAGUGUGUCGGGAGCAGCAGCAGCAGUUGGACCUGGACAAACUGAAGAGAGAGCUGGAGUUAAAAAGAGCAGAGGCACUUGGUGCCCAGACUGCUCUGCAGAGUAAAGAGGCGACAGGAGACCAACUUAGCAGUGUGUUGGUGGGGCUGCAGGCAGAGAAAGACAUGCUGCUGCGGUCUUUGAAAGAGCAGGAGACUGAGCUCGCUAACCUGCGUCAGGCUGCUCAGCUGCACCAGACCACUCUGCAGCAGGAGAGAGAGAAGAACCAGAGAGAGAUGAGCUCCUUGCAGAGCCAGCUGCAACAAAUACUGCAGAGGGAGCAGGAUCAGCAGCUGGAGAUUGCCAGACUGAAACGAGAGUUAGAGGAGAGGAGAGCAGAGGCGUUCAGUGCCCAAAGUGCUCUUAACAAUAAGGAAAUGGCAGGAGACGAGAUAAACAGUGUGUUGGUGGGGCUGCAGGCGGAGAAGGAAGUGCUGCUGCACUCUGUGAAAAAGCAGGAGGCAGAGCUAAUUACCCUGCGGCAGGCUGCUAAGCUGCACCAGGCCACUCUGGUACAGGAGAGAGAGAGGAGCCAGCGGGAGACAAGCUCCCUGCAGAGCCAGCUGCAGGCCAAGUCGAGUCGGGAGUCUAUGCUACAGCAGAAGCUGCAGGAGGAGCAGUUCUGUCUGCUGCAGUGUGCUGUCGUGGAGGCUGAGGGCAUCAUACUGGACGCUGUGGCCAAAGUGGACGACCCCAUGCAUGUGCGUUGUGUUUCCACUCCAGAAUAUUUGAUCAACCGAGCUGAAACAACCCUGGUCUCCAUUGACAAGAUGCAGCAGAGCCAUGCUGGCUACUUGAGAAACAUGGACGAUGCCAGCGGGUUGUUGAGAGCAGUGACCCAGUUCUCUCACCUUGCAGCGGACACUAUUGUUAAUGGAGCUGCCACUGCUCACUCUGUUCCCACUGACCAAGCUGACCGGCUGACAGAUAACUGCAGGGACUGCGCUACCCAUUGCCUCCAGUUCCUCAAAGAGCUGAAGCUGAAGCCCACCCUACAGCGGGCUGACCCCACCGCCAUCCGCUAUGUGAUCCAGCGCAUCCUCAACCAAGGCCAUGACCUGCGGCACAAAGACGCAGACAUUCAGAAAGCGGAACUGGCCGACAUGGUGGAUAUGGAGAUGGCUGCUACUUCCACGGCUAUUGAGGAAGCUGUGCUGAGAAUGGACGAAAUUUUAAGCCAGGCAAGAAGAGAUACAUCAGGAGUAAAACUGGAGGUUAACCAAAGCAUUAUUGGUUCCUGCUCUGAUCUUAUGAAGGCCAUACACAUGCUGGUAACUGCUGCCACUGAUUUACAGAAAGACAUUGUGGAGAGUGGUCGGGGAGUUGGCUCUGUGAAAGACUUCUACGCCAAGAAUUCCUGCUGGACUGAAGGGCUCAUUUCGGCCUCCAAGACUGUAGGCUGGGCAGCCACACAGAUGGUUGAGUCCGCUGACAAAGUAGUGACAGAUCGAGGCAAAUAUGAAGAGCUGAUCGUGUGCUCCCAUGAGAUCGCUGCUAGCACUGCCCAACUAGUGGCUGCCUCUAAGGUAAAGGCUGACCGAAGCAAUAAGAAGCUUCACACACUGCAGCAGGCUUCACGUCAUGUGAAUGAUAUGGCUGCGGUCGUCGUAACUUCAACUAAGGCUGGGCAGAUGCAGAUUGAAGAUAAGAACCCCAUGGAUUUCUCAGGCAUUUCCCUGAUCAAGCUGAAGACAGAGGAAAUGGAGUCUCAGGUUCGAGUGCUGGAGCUAGAGUCUAAGUUGUCCAGUGAGCGUCAGCGGCUGGGGGAGCUAAGGAAAAAGCACUAUGAGUUGGCUGGAGUGCCUCUUGAUCAGCCUGUAGAGAGAAACUUUGACAGGUUUGUCAGUGUCUUACCUGCAGCUAUGCCUGACCCACUGCUGCCUGAGCCACCGCUGCCUGAACCUCCGCUGCCCGAACCACCUUUUCUAAUGCUGCCCGAACUACCGCUGCCUGAACCGCCGCUGCCCGAACCACCACUGCCUGAACCAUCACUGCGUGAGCCACCUAAACCAGAGCCUCCUAAAAGCACAUCCUCUAAAAGGUCCAUUUUCCACAGAUCUGGCACCCUCCUUAAGAAUGCAUUUAGGUGAAGCCCUUGAGAAGUGACAAGGACCCAUUAUUAUUGAACAUCAACAUCCUUUGUAUUACACCUCAAUUUGUCAUCAUAGCUAUCAUUCAUGUUUCAUCAUUCAGA